UUCAGAGUUUGGGGUCCCUCGGUAGGCAGCUGCCAUUCCAAUCAAAGAUGGAAGUUGGUCAAAUUUCGAUGCUCCUUGUUGCCCUGCUCGUAGUCCAGAGAUGUUCGGCCGCACCCGAGGGAGGCAGACUGGACGAAGAGUGCGGCAACACGACGUGCAUACCCGAAGAGUGCGAGUUGAUGGGCUCCGUUUGCGUUGAGAACAGUUGCGGACAACUGGAAUGCGUCAGUCAGACCACCGCCCACCACUCGGGAAUGUGCCCGUACCUAGGAUCGGCACCUGAUGAAGAGUGCCCGGACAACGAAUCGGAAACGACGUGCGACGAUCUCGGCUGCCAGAAAGAAGGAAAAGUUUGCUGUCCGGACAGAUGCGGCUACUUGCACUGUGUAUGAGCGCACUUCCAUUCGAAGCUUCGAAUCAGCUAUAGCGCGCGACGUGAUCCGAGUGCGCACGCUCUUGA